AUGGCCCCGCGCCGGUUCAUUGGCAGCGAGACGAGCAGGGCCGGCUCACGGGGCUCGGGAGUCGGGUCGCCUGAAUGGAGGCGCGGCGCAGAGGACCACGGCGAUCUGCGCAUCGAGGGUGACGGCCGGGGCACGUGCACGACCCGCCGGUGUGGUGAAGCGGAGGCGAUUCAAGCGCGGAGACCCGGCAGGACGCUGGAGGUCGAGCGCGGAGGCGAUUCAGGCGCGGAGACCCGGCAGGGCGCUGGAGGUCGAGCGCGGGGCGGAGGCGCGAGGCCAGCCGCGGCCAGAGACGGCUGCGCGACCGGGCGGCUCACCGGCGGAACGGCUCAGGCGCGGAGAACCGGCAGGGCGCUGGAGGCCGAGCGCGGAGGCGGAGGCGCGAGGCCAGCCGCGGCCAGAGACGGCUGCGCGACCGGGCGGCUCACCGGCGGAACGGCUCAGGCGCGGAGAACCGGCAGGGCGCUGGAGGCCGAGCGCGGAGGCGGAGGCGCGAGGCCAGCCGCGGCCAGAGACGGCUGCGCGACCGGGCGGCUCACCGGCGGAACGGCUCAGGCGCGGAGAACCGGCAGGGCGCUGGAGGCCGAGCGCGGAGGCGGAGGCGCGAGGCCAGCCGCGGCCAGAGACGGCUGCGCGACCGGGCGGCUCACCGGCGGAACGGCUCAGGCGCGGAGAACCGGCAGGGCGCUGGAGGCCGAGCGCGGAGGCGGAGGCGCGAGGCCAGCCGCGGCCAGAGACGGCUGCGCGACCGGGCGGCUCACCGGCGGAACGGCUCAGGCGCGGAGAACCGGCAGGGCGCUGGAGGCCGAGCGCGGAGGCGGAGGCGCGAGGCCAGCCGCGGCCAGAGACGGCUGCGCGACCGGGCGGCUCACCGGCGGAACGGCUCAGGCGCGGAGAACCGGCAGGGCGCUGGAGGCCGAGCGCGGAGGCGGAGGCGCGAGGCCAGCCGCGGCCAGAGACGGCUGCGCGACCGGGCGGCUCACCGGCGGAACGGCUCAGGCGCGGAGAACCGGCAGGGCGCUGGAGGCCGAGCGCGGAGGCGGAGGCGCGAGGCCAGCCGCGGCCAGAGACGGCUGCGCGACCGGGCGGCUCACCGGCGGAACGGCUCAGGCGCGGAGAACCGGCAGGGCGCUGGAGGCCGAGCGCGGAGGCGGAGGCGCGAGGCCAGCCGCGGCCAGAGACGGCUGCGCGACCGGGCGGCUCACCGGCGGAACGGCUCAGGCGCGGAGAACCGGCAGGGCGCUGGAGGCCGAGCGCGGAGGCGGAGGCGCGAGGCCAGCCGCGGCCAGAGACGGCUGCGCGACCGGGCGGCUCACCGGCGGAACGGCUCAGGCGCGGAGAACCGGCAGGGCGCUGGAGGCCGAGCGCGGAGGCGGAGGCGCGAGGCCAGCCGCGGCUAGAGACGGCUGCGCGACCGGGCGGCUCACCGGCGGAACGGCUCAGGCGCGGAGACCCGGCGACUCACGGCGGCUCACUUGCGGUGGAGACAAGGCCGUCCGACGGCGGGCGGGUCAAGGCGACCCCAGCAGAGGCAAAGCAGCGGCGCAGCAACGACCCGGCGGGUUGGAUGCGCGAACCGGCGACGGCGGGGGCGCAGUGGGUCGAUGA